UCACCCUACCACUUUUUAAUUUUUUUUCGCUCUCGUACGACGUACACAUCGUUUCCCGUUCCCCGCACGCGUUCUCUCUUCUCUACACUCUGACGAAGUGGCAAUUCUCGCUCGUGACGUAUCCGUGUUAUUAAUUUUGUUUGUUCAUUUUAAAAACGGGAUAAACAAUCGUCAAUUCUCAACUCUCAACUACGUUCAGUAAAUUGUCAUCCGUGUAUUACACCGUCGUCGCCGCAACUUCAUUCAAUCCGGUCGUCCCGCGGAAUCUUACGACAGUUGAUAAGCAAAUUUCGCAUGUCAAUCCAGAACCUCAACGUAUUCGGUGAGUGGUGUGAAUGAGUAAAUGACCCGCGUGAGUUUGUUGUUCCUAUUUGUCGGAAAUGCUAAUGUAUGACUACGGGAAACGAUGAGUGCCAUAGCUUUCGGUUUCGUAGGUCAACGAGUCUUAAACAUUUUUAACGGUGGACCAGUGGCCUUUGUGUCUGAGACUAUGGUAUGCUAUACGGGCGUCAUUGUUUAGGUGACACCCUCGUGCGCGUUUAGUAAGCUCUUCGAGGUCAUUCAUUGUUUGUCCGUCAAUGAUUUGGGAAUAAUACUAUACUAUUGUUCUAAGGGGUCACUUUUAUACAUUUUUUUUUUGUCCUAAUAAUCACCAGACAAUUAUUAAUUUUUUUAUUUCAAAUGAUGGUUUAAUUCAAAAUUAUUUCCAACAAAUGUGUGUGAUGACUAGAUAUCUAAAAUUCUGAAGUUCUAAGUACUUGAUUGUUCUAUUUCUAAAGCAACCUGUAACCAGUAUGUAUGUAUUGUGUUAUCUUAUUACUCUACAUUUUAAAAUUCAUUAGUUCACUGUUUUUUUUAUCUAGUAAGAAUACUACUUAAAUAUACAAAUUAAGAUUACAAACAUACCUCCCUAGUUAAUAAACAGACUCGUGGUUUUUUAACUUAUUUAAAACAAUCUUUCUGGUUUUAUUGCUUAACAAGCUGUUUAACUUCAUCAUUCAAGUGGUUUCCUAAUUUAGAUUCUAUGAGCUUAGUACUAAUGGUUGAAAAGUAAAAGCAAAGUAAUAGCCUAUGGUAUGAAUCCCAUUAAUGAAAAAAAUAAUGUUUAAUGUUGUGCAAUUUGAUGACUUACAAGUGUCAAAUUUAGUUUUAUUAAUUUUAGUUUUUUUUUUUUGUAACUGGCAUGUCGAUAGCAUAAACAAUAAAAAUGUUAACAUGAUUUUUUAGUUACCUUGCAAUACAAAACCAUAGACAUUUAAUGAUACAUAGGUACAUUACAUCUAUUAACAAUUUCUAUCUAAUUAUUCAAUACGUUACUAAGCUGUAAUUCUAACAAAGAUGAUAAUACUAGGUACGUAGGUAGGUAGAUGCAGUAGACUAUGUAUAAUAGUUUUUAUAUUAAUCAACAUUAUUUUACGCAUUACAAUUCAAUAUUCAAGUUGUGAUAAGACUUUCUUAUCUCAUUUUUAUACUCAAUAACAUUAUUUUUGUAAAACAUUGUAAAAAUUUUAGCUCACAUGUACAACUGAUGUGAAAAAUAGCUUCUUACAUUAAAUAAAUGUUUAGAUAACUUUACUAUAAAUGACAAAUACCCAUAAAAUAUAAAAACAAUUUAAUCACCCCCUAAUAGUUUAAAAUGAAAAGUUAUAUUUAUCUACAUUGAUUAUUCAUUUAAGUGAAACGUAUCUGUUUAACCUUUAAACCCAAGUUAAUAUUAUGUUAGAUUACCAUCAAACUAAGCAUGCUAAAAUUAUUCCUAUUUUUUAUUUUAAGACCCGUUUGCGGAUGCAAUCAAGGGUGCCGACGAUGACGUUCAAGACGGGCUUGUUCACAUAAGAAUUCAACAGCGCAAUGGUCGUAAAACAUUAACAACGGUUCAAGGUUUGUCGUCGGAAUAUGACUUGAAGAAGAUAGUACGUGCUUGCAAAAAGGUAAUAAUGAUUAGUAAAAAAGGUUGAAUAAUGUCCAAUAAUUUCAUGUUAAUAAAACAAUUAAUAAAAAAGACACCUAACUAAUUAUUUUUUUCUAAUAUUUUGUUACUUCAUAAUUUAAAAAUUGUGCCAAACUUUAAAAAAAGAAAUAUGAACAAUAUUUAUUAGUUAAAAGUGUAUUAGAACUUAUUUUUAUUUUUUCUUGAUUUUCAAUUUCAAAAUAUUUUUGGUCUUGCCUCCUAUAUAUGUGUAUACCUAUGUAUAAAAAUGAACUAUGGAUAAUUCUAGAUCAAUCAAAUAAAAUUAACACACGCCAACUUAAACUUGAAGUUUGAACGCAAUACAGUUUCCAUUAUUUAUGAAAAUUUUCAACAUUUUUUUAACUGUUGGAAAUAUCGACAUUUUUUUAUCUUUGGUAUUUUAUAAGUAAAUUACAUUUUGUAUAACUUAUAGAAAUAUAUUUUUUUCAUAUCAUGCCUUUCAAGUAUAUUGAUUUUAACUGUAAAAAAAUAUAUAUAUAUAUUCUGGGUAACAUAUGAUUAAUUAUGUUUAUAAUAUUAUAGAAAUGUAUUUAAAAUAUAAAGUAGUUUAUAGAAAAUACUAACGUGUAUAUUGAACCCAUAUACUUAACUGUCACCUAUCUAAUGCUCCAACCAGUUUUAGUGUAAUCAAAUUAAUUUUUCCUCAGCAUUUUUUUUUUUCUGGGUGGACCUCUAUUUCUAAUGGAAUACUUGUCUCUAAUGCUAAUAAAUCACUACUUUCUGGAAUCUCACUUCUGAAGUGUUAUCUAAUUGUAAAAAGUUUAAUUGUGAAAUUGAGUGACGAUUUUAAUAAUAAUUAUCUUUUCUUUUUAAUUCAUUCAACUUCGUUUGAUGUUACUAUUUUUUUUAUUGUUCCUUUAAUGUCUACCUCAGAGAUAUCCAUGAUGCAAAGGCAAACGGUAAUUAAUUAAAAAUUAUUUAUCAAUUUUAAGAUAUUGUAUGACUUAUCUACUUUUUGCGAAUUUUUUCAGAAAUUAUGGCAUUCGUUAUAUUAAUUAAUUAAUUUCAUCAAUAUAAUGUUAAACCACUCGAUUGGAAAUUCUUGCUUUUUUAAUAGUUACAACAUUCGUGCAAAGUCAAUGCCACACUUUCUCUAACAAUGUAACAAAAGUACAUCAAUCUUAAAUUGUAUAAUGACAAUUAAAGGUCAGGCUUUUAUUUAACAAAACAAGCACCUAACCUGUUCUAUCUAGAUUUCUAUCUGUUUACUAUCUAAUUGAUUGAUAUUUAUGUAUGAACAUAUAAAGGAAUAAAUACACGAGAUAAGAUAAAUAUAUUAUGAAUAUUAUAUUUAUAUUUUGAUUAUCACUGAUGAAAAAAUUCCUAUGGGAGUUAUAUAAAAUCAUUUUAGCCAAAUUUAAUUAUUAAUAACUAUGAAAAAUACUAAAAUUGUGUUUUAUAGAAUCAAGUUAAUAUUCUUUAUGGACUGUAUAAUAUAUAAAUAAAAAAAUGUAUUUUUAUAAAGUUAAAGAAAAUGUAAUUUACUUUAAAAUAUUUAAAAUAAAAAAUGUCGAAAUUUCUAACAGUUAACGAAAUAUUUACAGACAUUUUGAAUUUUUUGUAAAUAAUGAAAAAUGGAUUAAGUUGAAAGUUCAAGUUGGCACAGGUUAACUUUAUCUGAUUGACCUAAAAAAAUACCCAUUAUGGGCAUUAGUUAAUUGUGAUACAUAUAGAGGGUGAGACCAAACAUUACGAUUUUUUUUUAUAUACAAGGAACACCCUAACAAUUAUAUUUUAAUUCUUACAUGAAUUUUAAAUUUGUAUUCAAAAUUAAACUUCAUUAUAAAAAUAAAAAAAUUAGUAUGUUAUACCUAUUAAACAUGAUCUAUCAUGAUAUAUCAAUAUCACUAUAUAUUAUAUAGUAAAUAUUUGAAUUAUUUUAUUUUUAAAAAUAGGAGUUUGCUUGCAACGGUACUGUGGUUGAACAUCCCGAAUAUGGUGAAGUGUUACAAUUACAAGGUGACCAACGAGAAAACAUAUGUCAGUGGUUAACUAAGUGUGGUCUUGCCAAGUCUGAUCAACUUAAGGUCCACGGUUUCUAAGGAAACAAUUGAAAUAUGCUACAAAAAGUGAUCACUACAUCAUCAUUCAGACAGACAGACAACUUGCAAUAAAUAACAAAAAAAAAAAAAUAAUGAAAUAAUAUGCUUUAAUUUAAUAAAAAUAAUGCUAAUCAUUAGUGAUUGUUCUGAUCAUAUUUGUUUUAUUUAAUGUCAACUGCAUAGAUUUUAAUUAGCAAUAGAGCUAUGUAUAUCAACGCCACAGAUGUGUUUAGAGAAAACUUUCUUUAAAAAACAACUUAGGUAAUAAUAAUUUUAUGUAAAAAAAAAUGUAUUCUGUAUUUUACUUGUUUCACGCCACUUAAGUGAUGUGACAUUGGUGUUCAAAAGUUCAUUAAAUGUAUGGUAUUAUUUAUAUAUAAUUAUUAUUUUUAUUUAACUCUUUUAUAUGAUAUGUAAUGACCAAUGAUCUUUCCUAUUUAGUUUAUAUUUAUGAAUUGUGAUUAAUGGUCAAUCUAAUUAAAAAUAUAAUAAUACUCAAAAAUAUGCACACAAAUAGACAAUACUUUUAAUUGAUUACUAAAUUAUUGAAAUAAAUUCUAAUAUAACUAGGGACACGUUUUUUUAUGAUAAAACUGUAAAUGAUCAACAAAAUCGUCCAUUAAUAUAUUAUUUAGAUGUUUAUUAUAUUGCUCAUUAAAUUAUUAUGAAAAUACAAAAUAAACUGAAGUAUUAUACUAAUGUUUAGGAAGUAUUCAUUAAUUUAUAGGCAGGCGUGCCUAUUGAUAUUAUACACAGUGUACACACCGCAACAAACGUAGUGUAAAUAUCAUUGUGCGUCUGCUUGAUCGUUGAUUAAUUAUUAGUACCUAUAUAAUUUAAAAAAUUUUCUGAUUCAAUUUGCUGUAUAUAAUAUAUUAUGUUGACAGGAAAUAAAACUUUUCAUCAAAUUCAAAGAAUAAAUUGCUAUCAAACCUAGAC